UCUGGAUGUAAAAUCUUGUUUAAACAAAAAUCACUUUUAAUGUACCCGAAUCCACUUUUCUCUGUUGUAAACAUGAGAAUGAUAACACCUCCCACGUAAGGUUAAUAGAGUGGAGAUGCCGGAUAUGUCAACAAGGCUUUAAAAUGUUUUAAAUUAAUCAACUUUAUGUGUGAUUGUUUUGCCUGCGUGUCUGUGGACCACCUGCAUGCCUGAUGCUGGCCGAGGCCAGAAAAGGGUAUCAGUUCCUCUGCAGCUGCAGUUCUGCAUGGUUGUGAGCCACCAUGUGGAGGCCAGGAAGCAAACUUGGGCCCGCUGCAAGAGCAACAGGUACUUUCAACAGCCGACCCAACUCUCCAGCCCCGAAGCUUUAUUUAUUUUAAAGAAACAAAACAAGAGGAGGCUGAGUUUAGUCUUCUGACGGUGAGGGAACUGAAGAAAAUUAGCAUGUUGGAGAAGAGGGCUGCGAGGCACUAAAGAAAACACCGGGGACCGAAACAGUGAGAACUAGGAAGUGGACUUGAUGCGGAAGUUAAUCACCCAGCGUCCAGUGUCACCGGAAGUGGGGGAGAACAAAGGUGCCCGGGGCAGGGAAAGAGUGGCGUGGAAGAACAAGCGCAUGGGAAUGUGGGGCUGAUGGAGGAAGACAGGGACCAAGGGGGACGAGCUGGAUGCCAUGCUGCUGCCAGUUCGGAGACUCUGAAGUGUGAAGGACCUUUCAGCAUGGAUCAGAGCAGCUGCCACACUGAGGAGGAGGAGGAGGAGGAGGAGGCGGCGGAUGUGACCCAUUCCAGUGACACCGACUUCCAGGUCAAGGGCUACAAGUUCAGUAAACCCUUCCAUCUCAUCGUUUCCUAUGGCGCUGCUUGGUAUCUCCCAAGGGAGGUAGAUGACCCUCAGCUCUUACUCUGGGCUACAGACUGGCUGAUCCUCCAAGGUCCAGCUACAUCCAUAUUUGAAGGAGACCCACUGGUUCUGCACUGUCGUGCCUGGCAAGACUGGCCACUGACUCAGGUCAUCUUCUACCGAGAUGGCUCAGCCCUGGGUCCUCCUGGACCUAAAAGAGAAUUCUCUAUCAAUGUGGUGCAAAGGUCAGACAGUGGGCAAUACCACUGCAGUGGCAUCUUCAGGAGCUCUGGUCCUGGGAGCCGAGAGACUGCAUCCCCUGUGGCUAUCACAGUCCAAGAAUUGUUCCCAUCCCCAGUUCUUAAAGCCUUACCAUCCAGUGAGCCCCAGGAGGGAGGCUCAGUGACCCUGAGUUGUCAGACAAAGUUGUCCCUGCAGAGGUCAGCUUCCCGCCUCCUCUUCUCCUUCUACAAGGAUGGAAGGCCACUGAGUAUCAGAGGCGUCUCUUCAGAACUCCAGAUCCCCAAGGCUUCAGAGGAGCACUCUGGCUCCUACUGGUGUGAGGCAGCUACUGAGGACAGGCAAGUGUGGAAGCAGAGCCCUCAGCUGGAGAUCCGGGUGCAGGGUCCCUUAAAUUCUGCUGAUUCCUCCGUCUUGAAUCCAGCUCUUCAGAAAUCAACUGCUUCAGAAACUUCUCCUGCCGAGCCCGCUGAUCCUCUGGCCCCACCACCUGCUCCUUCUGCUGAGCCCCUGGGAUUCUCCUCUGCAGACCCUCACUUAUAUCACCAGAUACGCCUUCUUCUCAAACAAAUGCAGGAUGUAAAAGUUCUCCUUGGUCAUCUGGUCAUGGAGCUGAGGGACUUGACUGUCUACCUGAAGCCUGGUGUCACAAAUGCUGCUGACAAGUGAAAACAAGCCAUCCAUCUGGGACAUGCUCAACCACUGCAACAAGUUCAGCUCUUUCUGUACUGCAUGUAUGCAGAAAUAGUUCUGCAAGCUGUCCUGGUUCUUUGUUAGAAUAAAGGAGCUGGUUGAGUGUAAAUAAACACGUACAAGGUGAGACCCAGAA